AUGGGAGAUAACAUACGAUCUAUUCAAAUGUCAGUAAUCAAUGAUCAAAUAUUUCAAUGUGCUCAAUCAACUUGUUUACCAUUUAAUAAUCUCACAACAUCCGAUAUUCGUCAAUGUCGAAUUGAUUGUUUAAGUCGAAAUCAAUGUAUAGCAAUUACUUUCUACAAAUUCACUUUUCAGUGUCAAUUAUUUAAUGAUUCAUUAAAUCAAAAUGGAAAUAUGUCAUAUGAAAUGAAUGUUGUAACAAUGAUUUCAAUUAUUGGAACACGAUAUCCACCUGAGCUGGCUCUGAUUACAACAUCAUCAUCAACAACAUCACUAUCAACAACAGAAGCACCACGCGUAUGGACAACAACAAGAAAUAUGAGUUAUGCACGAGACUCUCACACAUCAUCCGUCUUAGCAAAUGGAACAGUAUUAGUUACAGGUGGAUACGAUGGUAGUAGCUCCUUGAAAAGUGCUGAAUUAUAUAACCCAUCAACAGGUACUUGGACGACAACAGGAAAUAUGAGUUAUGCACGAGACUGUCACACAGCAUCCAUCUUAGCCAAUGGAAUAGUGUUAGUUGUAGGUGGAGACGAUGGUAGUGGUUCGUUGAAAAGUGCUGAAUUAUAUAAUCCAUCAACAGGCACUUGGACAACAACAGGAAAUAUGAGUUAUGCACGUAUAUAUCACACAGCAUCCGUCUUAGCCAAUGGAACAGUGUUAGUUACAGGUGGAAACAAUGGUACUAGUUACUUGAACAACGCUGAAUUAUAUAAUCCAUCAACAGGUACUUGGACAACAACAGGAGGUAUGAGUUAUGCACGUAUAUAUCACACAGCAUCCGUCUUAGCCAAUGGAAUAGCGUUAGUUACAGGUGGAGUCAGUAGUGGUGGUUACUUGAACACUGCGGAAUUAUAUAAUCCAUCAACAGACACUUGGACAACAACAAGAAAUAUGAGUUAUGCACGAUGUUUGUACACAGCAUCCGUCUUAGCAAAUGGAACAGUGUUAGUUACAGGUGGAAUCAGUAGUUAUGGUUACUUGAAUACUGCUGAGUUAUAUUGA